AUGGGUUUUGCAAUCGAUUUGGUGGAGGGUGUUUCGGAUGCUACCAUAAAAUCUCUGCUGACGAAGCUCGGCCGGCUGCUCGCCAACGAGUAUGCUCUGCUGAGGGGCGUCCGCGGCGACAUCCAAUACAUCAACGACGAGAUGGCCAGCAUGCAGGCCUUCCUCGCCGACCUGAGCGCUGGCCCCCGCGACCAUGACCGCCGGCUCAAGGACUGGAUGAAGCAGAUCCGCGACGUCUCGUACGACGUCGAGGACUGCGUGGAUGACUUUGCGCACCGCCUCCCCCAUGACACCACCCGCGGCGACGUCAUCUGCUGCGCCACCAUCGUCUCCUGGGUCUACGAUGUUGGCACUUGGUGGCCUCGUCGCAACAUCGCGUCUACUGUCACUGCACUCAAGGCCCGGACGCAGCAGAUCGGGGAGAGGCGUGCAAGAUAUGGCGUCGAGAACCCAAAGAGCAGCGACGACGUCAACUCGGGUGGAUUUGCUGGGUUCGACGCUGCCGAGAACCAGCAGACAAGCCUUCGGCUUGUUGGCACCAGGAUGCCUGUGGGAGUUGACACGGAAAUGGAGAAGCUCGAUCCCCCUAAUAAGGACAUUCUGUCCGUUGUUGGGUUCGGAGGGGUGGGCAAGACUACCAUCGCCACCGCGUUGUACCAGAAAUUCGGUGAUCAGUUCGACCGCCGGGCGACCGUCACCGUGUCUCAGAGCUCCAAUAUAGAUGCAAUACUACGCAACAUGCUCAGACAAGUCAUGCCCCAGCUCGAAGAUGGUCCGGAGAAGCAAGACGGUGCCGCCGCCUCCGAGAAGAGAAGCCUCGGAGUUAGCACCAUGUGUUACGACGGGUUCUAUGAUGAAGACACCUCGGAGGACAUAGAACAAAUGGACAAGAAACAGCUCAUUAGUCAGCUCCACGAUCAUUUGAAGAAUUACAGUUACCUGCUCUUAAUUGAUGAUGUCUGGUCUGCAACAACGUGGGAAGAUAUUAACAAGGCAUUGCCUAGAAGUGAGAAAAAGUGUAGAGUAAUUGUUACAACAAGGUUUCAAGCUGUAGCUACUGCAUGCACAAGAGACAAAGGAGAUCUUGUUCAUAAAGUGGUCGAACUAAGUGGUAACAAGCCUGAAGAGUUAUUCAUGGAAGCCAUGGCCGAAUCCAAGGCUAGCAACGAUGAUGAAGGAAAAAAGAAGAAAGUUCCAGCCAGGCUGUGGGAAAUGUGCGGCGGUCUGCCAUUGGCCAUAGUUGCCAUGGCUGGUCAUGUUGCCUGCAACCCACACAGAUCUGAUGAAGAAUGGAGUAGAGUUUGCAACUCGCUAGUGCCACGGUCUGUCAAAUACCUCGCUCAAGACGGAGUGACAAGGAUACUUGCUCACUGCUACAAUGAUAUGAACGCCGAGACCAAGACCUGUGCCCUGUACCUGAGCAUGUUUCCGAAGGGUUGUCCGGUCAGCAGGAAGAGUCUGACGAGACGGUUGAUAGCAGAAGGCUUCGUAAGCGAGAAGCAGGGGCUGAGCGUGGAGGACGUGGCGGAGGCGUACCUGAACCAUCUCACGAGGAGGAAGAUGAUACGGCCGGUGGAGCACAGCAGCAACGGCAAGGCGAAGAGCUUUCUUGUCCACGACAUGGUCCUGGAGUACAUAGUGUCCAAGGCGAGCGAGGAGAACUUCGUCACCGUGGUCGGCGGCCAUUGGCUCACUGCGCCGCCCAGCAGCAAGGUCCGUCGGUUGUCGCUCCAGCAGCAGCACGGCGGCGACUCCAGAGGCGGCAACCCUGUGGAGGGCAUGAACCUGUCCCACGUCAGGUCACUGACCGUGUCCGAGGGCAUGGGCAAGCUCCGUCUCCGGUCUAAUUCACUCAAGUUCGGGAUCGUGCAGGUGCUAGACCUGGAUGGUUGCAAGGAUUUGAAGCAUCACGAUGCCAAGGAGAUAUGCAAGAUGCGUCUGCUCAAGUACAUCAGCCUCCGGAGGACAGACGUCAGCAAGCUCUCUAAGAAGAUCAAGAAUCUCCAGUACUUGGAGACGCUUGACGUAAGGGAAACCAAUGUGACGGAGCUGCCAAAAACCGUCUGCCAGCUCCAACGAUUGGUGAACAUACUUGGUGGGAAUAAAAGGACACGGAAGGGGCUGAAGCUUCCUGAAGAUCUCAGGAACACAAUGAACGGCCUUCGUGUGCUAUCAGGCAUUGAGAUUGUUGAAGAGGGAGCCAACCCGGUGGUAGACUUUCAUCAUCUCACCGAUCUCAGGAAGCUCACCAUUUACAAGCUCAACAUCUCCAAGUGGGAUCUCUUCCAGGAUUUAAGCUCCUCGAUUGAGUACCUCGGCGGCUACUCCCUCCACACCCUGAUGAUUGAGGACAUCUCAUCUGGCUCGUUUCUUGAAUCACUGGGCUAUCUUUCUUCCCCUCCGAGGUUUCUCACUGCUCUUGAGCUGUCUGGCAAGUUGGUCAAGCUUCCCGGAUGGAUCACAGAGCUGGAUGCUCUCACGAAGCUAACGCUCUCACUGACGGCACUCAGUUCUGAUGCUUUGGUGCAAAUUAGCCAGCUCAAGACACUGUUCUCUCUCACGUUUUCACUUGCCGCGCAGAAGCAGGAUCCAGAAACAGCCGCCAUUGUUGAGGAGAACAAGGCAAAAUCUGAUGGAGAGAUCAUUUUUCUGGCUGGCAAAUUCGAGAACCUCAAGCUUCUUCGCUUCUCUGCUCCUUUCAUUCCACUCUUGAGAUUUUCACGAGACGCCAUGCCCAAGCUCGAAAGACUUGAGGCAAGGUUCAGCAUUCUCGAGGGGCUAUAUGGCGUAGAAAACCUUAGCGCUCUCAAAGAGGUGCAUCUCAGGGUGCAUGAUGAAGCAUGUAACUUUACCAAGUUGAUGGUAGAAGGCAUUAAAACGGCUAAAAAAGGCGACGCAGGCCCAAGAGUAAUCAUUGAUCACUAUCACGACUGA